AAGUGACAUGAAGGCUGUAAUACAGCCUUCAUGUCAGUAUUGCAGGUCAUCACGGUUAUGGUGUUACCAGAGAUAAGCUACGACACUCAGGUUAGAGGAGGAACGCAACAGAGCCAGCAUGAGGACAAUAAAUCCUGUGAUGAUCACACUCUUCCUGACAUGUAUAGUCAUAAUAUCCACCCAGAGCAAAAUCAGGAAGAAGAGAGCAUGGAUCAUUGAUUCACUCACUAUAGAGGAAGAAAACCCUGGCCCUUUCCCAUAUAUACUCGACACGAUCAACGUGGAGCGAAAGUAUUUGGUGAGGUUCUUUCUGACAGGGCCAGGUAUUGAUAAAGACCCUCAAGAUGUGCUGAGCAUCAACGCCAGAACUGGUCAAGUUUUUGUGCAUAAGAAGGUCGAUUACGAGACCCAUAAAAAUCUCUCAUUCAAGUUUGAAGCCAGGGAUCAAAAUCACAAGUUGGACACCAACCUUGGAGUUGAGGUUAAGAUCUUAGAUAUAAACGAUCACGCUCCUGUUUUUACCCAAAAUCACUAUGAAACAACACUCACGGAAUCUGUACCUCAAGAUUCACUGGUGAUCAGAGUCUCUGCUUCAGAUAAAGACGAACCAACUUCCCCCAAUGGCACCUUCAACUUCUUGAUCGAUUCGGUCACCCCAAAAACAGAUAAUGUUGAAUUUUAUAUCAAGCAAAACAACACCAUCGGGAACAUUUAUUUCAAAGGUUGCUUGGACUAUGAGAAAGCACAGAAAUAUACUCUCCUCAUUAAAGCCACGGAUAAUGGAGACAAAAUCCAGCUGUCCAGCACAUGCACCGUGGUCCUGAAUAUUAUCGACAAAAACAAUCACCUCCCUGAAAUCACGGGUCAAACGGGUCCGAGAAGAAUAAAAGAAAGAGAGAGUGGAGUGGAAGUUCUGCGUUUGCAUGUAACGGACAAAGACAGUUCACAUUCGCCAGCCUGGAGAGCGAAAUUCACUCUUUAUGGAGAUCCGGGAAACAAUUUCAAAAUCCAGACAGAUCCCAAAACGAAUGAAGGAAUCCUGACUGUUAUAAAGGCGAUGGAUUACGAGGAGAACGCAUUAAGAAACAUGACGAUCAGUGUAGAGAAUGAAGAGCCCUACUUCUACUGUGAGGUUCUAUCUCGUACAUCGGGGGGCUUAUGGAAAGUAGACAUGUUUCCCAAAAGGUCCAGCACAACCGUACCUGUCAACAUUACUGUCGAAGAUGUGAAUGAUCCUCCAGAAUUUAUACCACCGGUUAAAAAAAUAUAUAUAAGGGAGAAUACGAAAAUAGGAACCCUCAUCGGAAAACUCGAAGUAAUUGACCCUGAUAAAACGUCUGGGGACACAUUUCGCUUUGUUAAAGGAGAAGAUAAAGGUAACUGGGUAAACGUUGAAACAGACACUGGUCAGAUUUAUGUGGCCAGUGUUAUGGACAGAGAAUCACCUUUAGUAAACGGCGCCCCCUAUACCGUCCUCGUGUAUGCUGAGGAAAAAGCUCAGUCUCCACAGACCGGUACAGGGACACUGGAAAUCCACUUAAUAGAUGAAAACGAUAAUAUCCCACUGUUAGUGGACGAUAAAGUAAGCAUGUGUUUAUCAGAUGAGAAAAGCAUGACUGAAAUCUCAGCUGUAGAUGUGGACCUUCCACCAUACAGUGCACCAUUCGAAUUUGAGCUCCUGGAGAAUGACCAAGUAGAAGGGAAAUGGAAGAUUCUGAAAAUAAAUGAGACAACUGCAAACCUAGUCACAGAGAACACAGUCUACACAGGCAAUUACAACAUUAGGAUCAAAAUUUUAGACAAACAAGGACAUGGAUCAGUUCAAAACCUGUCAAUCAGUGUGUGUAACUGCACCACCAAUCCCAAGUGCGGUGCUGGAAGUUUCACGGCCGGACCAAAUUUCAGUGCCAUAGGGAUGAUGGUCCUCGCUUUCCUGCUUCUUCUUGCGAUACUCCUGAUGGCUUUCCCGCAGUGCAUAAAACAAAAGAAAAUUUUGAUCCUGCAUGAUGAUGUUUCUGGGAAUAUUAUUAAAUGUAACAUCGAGAUGCCUGGUACAGACUGUGAGGUCCCAUUUGACCAAUUACACAUAAACAAGAAUGGUGUGAUGUCUGAAGCAUUUUCCAAACACUCAAUGCACAAGGGAGGUUCUGCAACAUCCACUGAAAAUCAAGUCCUGGGAAAAACACACUGGAGGGGUUCUACACAACAUUCGUAUCGGCUGAUAAAAAAUUGUGGCAUGGCGGAAUCAAUGAGCAAAAACUUUACUACUCACAACAUAGAGGACUUCAAAUAUUUCUCCAAAGUCCUCUCAAAACAAAUUGAUCAGAUCCUGCACAGGCUCCAGGCUCCAGAACAGGAGCUUGGCGAUUACGAGCCUCACUGCUAUAAGUAUGAAGGAGACCCCGACGAACACCCCGAUGAAAACCCCGAUACCAUCUCCAUUCCUGAGAUUGAUUUUCAUCCGGACAUCCUCACUGAUCUGGAUUUACGCUUCAGCAGCCUGGCAGCUGUGUGCAGACCUGAUUUAAUGUCAUCGCCCCAAAAGACUUAGGGUCAAUUCUUAUAAAGUGUGUUCUAUAUCUAAAUUUGCAACCAGUGCGAAGACGCACGAGGACGUUCACUAAAUAAAAUGAAUCUUAUUUUGUCUCAAAAUGCAGUUGGAACAAACACAAAUGCAGUGAGAAAUUAAAAUUCAUUUUCGAGAAGAAAACAAAGAAGAAUUCAACAAAAAAAAGGACGAAUUUCACCUAUGAAUUUUCGAACCACAGAAACCGAAGUUAAUUUAAAAAAGAAUAAUAAUAAUAAAUAAUUAAAAAACGAAAGGUUGCGGUACCUUUUUUAAAAAUCGAACAAAAACAAAAAAAGUAUCGAAUCAAACAAGUACUUUUCAUUACAAAUAUGUUCUCGCUGCAUCAUUUCAAGAGUAUUUACACUUGAAGCUUUUUGUGGUUUGUUUUUAAUGUUUGGUUGCUGCUGUGUUGCGUGUCCGUAAACUUUGUCAUCCGUUGACAUUAUUUCUAGACUUCCUGUUACCUUUUUGUUUUUUCUGUAACAUUGUCAUUUUUUAGCGAUUUCUAUUUAAGUUCUAGUAUUUUUUACUUUACCGAUUGGAUAUAGUUUUUUACUGUAAAAACACUGUCGCACUGGAGUCUGAGUUGAGCUUUGUACAUAAAUCUUUAAAAAAAUGCUGCUGAUUUAUUAAAAUGUCAUUCGGAAAGAA